AUUUUCUGUCUUCAGACACACUCGAAGAUAUCUGCAGUUCUCGAUCAUACAUGGCGCGUACAUCACAAAUUCUCGAUAACGCUCUCGGUGCCGUCGGGAACACCCCGCUCAUCAGGUUAGACCGGAUUGCCAAGGAAGAGGGGCUGCAGUGCAAUCUCCUCGGAAAGGUUGAAUACACGUCUGCCGGCGGAUCCGUCAAGGACCGUAUUGCGAAGCGCAUGGUGGAAGAGGCUGAGAAGGAGGGCAAGCUCAUUCCCGGACACAGCGUAGUCAUCGAGCCGACCUCUGGCAACACUGGUAUUGGUUUGGCAAUGGCUUGCGCGAUUAAGGGAUACUCGGUGAUCAUCACCUUGCCUAAUAAGAUGUCGUUGGAGAAGGAAGCUGCGUUGCGCGCAUUAGGUGCCGAGGUCGUUCGUACACCAACUGAGGCUGCCUGGGACUCGCCCGAGUCGCAUAUAGGAGUGGCACAGCGCCUGCAACGUGAAAUUCCCGGUGGGAUUAUCCUAGAUCAAUACCGCAACGUCAAUAAUCCUCUUGCUCAUGAGUACACCACCGGCCCGGAGAUCAUAGAGGCUGUCACCUCCACGCCGUCCACCGUUUCGCAGCCGUCUUUAGGGAAGGUCGACGUCCUCGUAGCAGGUGCGGGUACAGGCGGAACGAUCACUGGACUCUCGCGCGCAAUCAAGAAGAAGCACAACAAGGACUGCAUCGUCGUUGGCGUGGAUCCCAAAGGUAGCAUUCUUGCGUACCCAGACGAGCUCAACACCGACAGCGUCGGUGCUCAGUACGUCGUUGAGGGGAUAGGAUACGAUUUCAUCCCAGAUGUCCUUUCACGAGACCCGGCGGACGUGGACGAGUGGCUGAAGACCUCCGACGAUGAGGCGUUCGCUGCCGUCCGCCUCCUCAUGCGCCAUGAAGGUCUCCUUGUUGGAGGAAGCAGUGGAAGCGCGCUUAGCGGGGCUCUGCGCUGGCUCCGGAGCGACAAGGGCCGGGCGAUCGCUCAAACAAAGGGUCUGAACGUCGUCGUCCUUCUCCCCGAUGGCAUUCGUAACUACAUGAGUAAACCCUGGUUCCUGAAGAUGGCGCUCGAAGCCGAGCCGUCUCCGCUCGCUCGCCGGAUCGCUGAGGUGCUCAAGACGUCGGAGAGCAACGUCGAGACGAACGUCGACGGCCUCGCGAACGGCAUUGCAAGUCGCACUACAGCCACGAACCUGGAGAAUUGUCCGAACGCUGCAGAUGAGACGUCACAUUGAGUGUCGAGAGAAGUUCCGACGUAGAAGCGCAGUACACACAUGAUAGACUGUAUCCUUAGACGAAGGCAUGUGUCGUGUCAGACCUUGCCACCCCGCAAGCCUGAUAUGUCUUCAUUCUUUUGAACAUUCAACGCGAUGUUCUAUUUAUUAUCAUGACAUCCUG